AUGGGUCAAGGGCUUUGGAGAGUCGCAAGAAACCACCAGUUUCAGCAAGGAUAUCUAGAUCACAGCUACCUGUCCACAGAUAAUGACAACAAUAUAAGCAAUCGAAGACAUGCCCAGGGUGGCAUAGACCUCUACCAUCUGCUGAAAGCUAGAAAAUCAAAAGAUGAACAAGGAUUUAUUAAUCUUGAAAUGCUGCCACCAGAGCUAAGCCUUACUAUUUUAUCCUAUCUUAAUGCCACUGACCUGUGUUUGGCGUCGUGUGUAUGGCAAGACCUGGCUAAUGACGAAUUGCUUUGGCAAGGACUAUGCAAGUCCACUUGGGGACAUUGUUCCAUAUACAAUAAAAGACACCCGCCAGGAUUUUCUUACCGAAACCUUUACAUGCGACUGGAUGAGGGAAGCCUAACCUUUAACGCUAAUCCACAGGAGGGCAUCGAGUAUUUUUUAUCAAGAGGUAUCCUUGAUGAUUCACACAAAAAGAAAUGGCAAAAUUUAUAUUUUAUACCAGAACACUCAACUGGAAGAAACUGAGGAUAUAUCUUGAUGAAAGGCGAGAUGUAUUGGAUGAUUUGGUGACUCUGCACAACUUCAGCAAUCAAUUUCUACCAAAUGCACUGAGAGACUUUUUUCGACAUAUACAUGCUCCAGAGGAACGUGGGGAAUACUUAGAAACACUUAUCACUAAGUUUUCUCACAGAUUUUGUGCUUGCAAUCCUACUCUAGCACGAGACCUUGGCCUUAGCCCUGAUGCAGUGUAUGUCCUGUGCUAUUCUUUGAUUCUGCUUUCCAUCGACCUCGCCAGUCCUCAUGUGAAGAACAAAAUGUCAAAGAGAGAAUUUAUCAGAAACACACGGCGUGCUGCUCAGAAUAUUAGUGAAGAAUUUGUAGGGCAUCUUUAUGACAACAUUUACCUUGUUGGCCAUGUUGCUGUCUAG